GCGUCGACUUUGUUGCUGGCAUAUUCCUCUUCGUCUAGCUAAGUCGAGGUGCAUAUUCCUUGGAAGCCGUGAAUAUUCCAAGUCAAACUCAGUAUGUGGAGCUAAAGAUCAUCUCAGAGUAAAGAUGGGAGAGUUGAGGUCGGAUACUGCUGCUGCUGUUUUUCUUGCUCUUGCUUUUGUUUUUGUUCAAAGUUAUGCAGAAAUUUCCAUUGGUAGAAGAACAAGCAGUUUUGUAAGAACAGAUAAUCUGUCUCUUGAUAUGCCUUUAGACAGCGAUGUCUUUAGAGUGCCUCCUGGUUAUAAUGCUCCUCAGCAGGUGCAUAUUACACAAGGAGAUUAUGAGGCAAACAGUGUGAUUGUCUCUUGGGUUACUCCAGAUGAACCCGGCUCAAGUUCAGUGCAAUACUGGGCUGAAAAUAGUGAAAUCAAGAAUAGUGUAGAAGGUUUGGUUGUGAGAUACAAAUACUUCAAUUACACUUCUGGUUAUAUUCACCAUUGCACCAUCAAGGAUUUGGAGUUUGACACUAAAUAUCAGUAUCAGGUUGGAACCGGGAAUGCAAUCCGGCAAUUCUGGUUCGUAACCCCUCCUAAAUCUGGUCCAGAUGUUCCUUAUACUUUUGGCCUUAUAGGCGAUCUUGGCCAAACUCAUGACUCCAACCGAACACUUGCUCAUUAUGAGUUAAGUCCAAUAAAGGGACAGACAUUAUUGUUUGUUGGAGACCUUUCCUAUGCAGAUGAUUAUCCAUUUCAUAACAAUAUAAGGUGGGAUACAUGGGGAAGAUUCAUAGAAAGAAAUGCUGCCUAUCAACCUUGGAUUUGGACAGCAGGGAAUCAUGAACUUGAUUGGGCUCCUCAAUUUGGCGAAAGAAAACCCUUCAAGCCUUAUUUAAACAGAUUCCAUGUCCCAUAUAGAGAAUGUGGCAGCACUUCUCCUCUUUGGUACUCCAUCAAGAGAGCUUCAGCUUACAUCAUUGUCAUGUCCUCUUACUCAGCUUUUGGGAAAUACACUCCCCAAUACAGAUGGCUAAUAAAUGAGCUGCCUAAAGUGAACAGGAGCGAAACACCAUGGCUCAUUGUUCUUAUGCAUGCGCCAAUGUACAAUAGUUAUGCACAUCAUUAUAUGGAAGGGGAAACCAUGAGAGUGAUGUAUGAAGAAUGGUUUGUGAAAUACAAAGUUGAUGUCGUCUUUGCCGGCCAUGUUCAUGCCUAUGAACGAUCUGAACGUAUAUCAAAUAUUGAAUACAAUAUAGUAAAUGGAUUGUGCACUCCCAAAAGUGAUCAAUCUGCUCCAGUUUACAUUACCAUUGGAGAUGGAGGAAAUCUUGAAGGACUAGUGACAGAAAUGACAGAGCCACAACCAAGUUACUCAGCUUUUCGUGAAGCCAGCUUCGGUCAUGGUCUUCUCGAUAUAAGGAACAGAAGUCAUGCCUUUUUCUCUUGGAACCGCAAUCAGGAUGGCUAUGCCGUGGAAGCUGAUUCUGUGUGGUUGAUUAAUAGAUAUUGGAGCUCCUUUGAACGAUCACCCACGGCCGCAUUAUGAAAGAGAGAAUCAUUUUGUGAUUCUCAUUCCUUAUGUAUCAGUGUUUGAUUAUUUAUAUAUACAGAUAUAUAGAUGGAGGUGGAGUGAAUUUUCUACGCAUGGGAUCUGUUCCGACCCGUUCGGGUUCAAUUAAAUGGACUCUUACACGGGGGUAUGGACAUUAUUCUCUACGGAUUUGAAUUGUGGCUUCCAGUGUCCACAUAUAUGUAAAUCCAUUUUUUAAAAAAAUUAAAAUAUUAGUGAAAAUUUUAUUUGAGCUUAGUAUUCUAUACAGAA